UGCACUGUGUAGGCCUCGCCGGGACGCAGCCCCGCUCGGCAGGAGACCGGUGAGCAUGUAUGGAGACCCAGUCAGACAGCUGAGUGGAUCACAACCACAACAGGAAAACCAGCUUCGGAGGCCCAGGAGUGUGUACAUGCUGGCAAGCCAAGUCUCCUUUCUGUCGGAGUCUGUGCCCCAGCAGGCCUCCGGGAGGGCAGGCUCUUUAGAAAACAGCCAGGAGUACAGGAGCAGGAAGGCAGAGCUGAGGGCCGUGGAUGGCCUCAAGCCUGUCGUGUCUCAGCGGUCUUCAAACACAGAGGAGGUGAUCCCCAGGGCUCGCCAGAGGAGCUGGAGGCCCAGACCUGUCAGUAUGACCGUGCUAGAGCUGAGGAAGAGGGGAUCUGAAGAUGAGACAGACAGUCGGGGGAGCUGCAGCCGUACAGCCGCUGAUGGCGGAGGGCUUCUCAAAGGCGGUUUCCGCUGGAGGCUGUUCGGCAAAGCACCUCAAAACAAGGACAAGGAGAAGGAAAACGUGAAGGAUGCUAAUUUUGCCCCCAAGUCCAGCAAAUCAGACACGUCAAAAGGGACAUUUGGCUCCUUACGCCGGAGCCUCAGUAUGCGCAUUAGGAGAACCCGGCAUCGGGACAGAGUUGCCAUGGGGUCUGAGGGGGAAUCGGACCAAAACUCCUGUACCAAGAGUUCUGUAGGGGAGGCAGAACAUCCCCCACGGCCCUUCUCAUACCUGACUGGAAAAACCCUGCCACCUCCCCACGAGCUGGCGGAGGACGGCGGCACGCAGUACAUUCAAUACCACAUCGGAGGCAAGGUCAAGGUAAUGGAGGUACCCCUCUACCCAACUAAACUGUCCUCCAAACCAGCUCAGGAAGAGCCAAGCAUAUGGCAGCUCAUUGCCAACCGUUUUAGGAGAAAGGAGCAGCCACCCAGUGUCAGAUGUGACUCCCAACAGUCCCAGAGCAAAGACACGGGCCAAUAUCCCCUGGCUGGGAGUAAAAAGGCACUGUCAGUUGCUAUAGAGACACUGGCAGGCACUGACUUCAAUAAAGGUCAAGAUUCUUUCGUCAACAGCCAAGAAUGGACAUUGAGUCGAUCAGUGCCAGAGCUGAAAGUGGGAAUCGUGGGUAAUCUGUCCAGCGGAAAAUCUGCCUUGGUCCACCGGUACUUGACAGGCACAUAUGUGCAGGAAGAGUCCCCUGAAGGUGGACGAUUUAAAAAGGAAAUCGUGGUGGAUGGACAGAGCUACCUUCUUUUGAUCAGAGAUGAAGGAGGACCGCCAGAAUUGCAGUUUGCCGCCUGGGUGGAUGCCGUGGUUUUUGUCUUUAGCCUGGAGGAUGAGAUCAGCUUCCAGACUGUCUACAAUUACUUCUUGCGCCUGUCCAGCUACAGGAACACGGCCGAGGUCCCAAUGGUCCUGGUUGGAACACAAGAUGCCAUCAGUGCUGCAAAUCCCAGAGUGAUUGAUGACUCACGGGCCAGAAAACUGUCCAAUGACCUGAAACGCUCCACAUACUAUGAGACCUGUUCCACCUAUGGUCUGAAUGUGGAAAGAGUCUUCCAGGAUGUUGCCCAGAAGGUUGUGGCUCUGAGGAAAAAGCAACAACUCUCUAUUGGUCCAUGCAAAUCUCUGCCCAACUCUCCUAGCCACUCAUCAGUCCCGUCAGCAUCCAUCCCCUCCAUCCAUAUGAAUCAGGCGGCCAAUGGUGGGGGUGCGUUCAGUGACUACUCCUCCUCCGUUCCCUCCACCCCCAGCAUAAGUCAGCGGGAGAUGCGUAUCGAGACCAUUGCUGCCUCCAACACGCCCACACCCAUCCGCAAGCAGUCGAAACGUCGUUCCAACAUUUUCACAUCACGGAAAGCCAGUGAACAAGCAAAGAGCAUUGACAAUAAAACAGACAGCAUAGGCAGUGGAAGGGCCAUACCGAUCAAACAGGGAAUCCUUCUGAAGCGAAGUGGGAAAUCCCUGAACAAGGAGUGGAAGAAGAAGUACGUCACGCUGUGUGACAACGGCGUGCUCACCUAUCACCCGAGUUUACAUGACUACAUGCAGAACGUGCACGGGAAAGAGAUCGACUUGCUGAGGACGACAGUCAAAGUCCCGGGGAAGCGACCGCCCAGGGCGGUGGCCACCGUUGCCCCGACUGCCAGCCCCAAAACCAACGGGCUGACCAAGGACCGCAGCGCCUUGCAGCUGGGCGUGGGGAGCUCGGGCGCGCCCCACUCUAACAGCAGCACCUCCCUGCAGUCGGGCACGUCGGUCUUUGGCAGCGGUAAGGACGGCAUGCACCAACGCUCCCUGUCCGUGUCCAGCGCCGACCAGUGGAAUGAAGCCGUCAACAAUACCAGCACCACCAGUGGGGCCUCCAAUGGGAUGGGCGAACCUGCGACGGGCAGUCCAAGCGUGGGCAGUGCCACCAGCCCGAAGCUGGAGCCACCUCCCUCGCCACACGCCAACCGCAAGAAACACAGAAGGAAAAAGAGCACAGGCAUCACGAAGCCAGAUGGGCUGUCUGCAGGAAAUGAAGGUCAUGACCCCGCCCAGCUGGCAGGCCACACCAGGCUGACCGUCGGCCUGAUGCGUCAGGGCCCUUAG